UGUCAAAGUGUCAAUGGUCGCCAGUUGUCAGUCAGUUUUAUUUACCUUCUUUCACUACGAUUUGUUUUUCACAAUAAAAAUUAGCAAUAUCUCACGUUAAUUCUUAUUCGAAUAACUUAAAAACAUGAGUUGUUUCGAGAAUAUGACUAUGCCUAGUUGUGUGUGGUUUGAAAGCGGAGAGAAGCGCAAUAUCGUGGCAUCUAUAAUAUCAGGACUUUUGUUCUUUACAGGAUGGUGGUUUAUCAUAGAUGCUGCGACAGUGUACCCUGGGAACCUGCCUAAUGCAUCUCAUGUGUGUGGUGUUAUGGCUACCCUGUCACUCAUCAUGGUCAACUCCGUGUCUAAUGCACAGGUGCGUGGUGAGACAUACACGGGAGGUUGCAUGGGGCCUCGCGGUGCCCGUCUCUGGCUCUUCCUUGGCUUUGUCGUCGGCUUCGCGUCCCUCAUUGCUGCCUGCUGGAUACUGUUUGCGAACUAUGUUAAUGCUGGAAGCACCAAGUCAGCAUGGCCCGGUGUGAGCCUGUUCAUGCAGAACGCCUUUAUCUUUGCCGGUUCACUUGUAUUUAAGUUCGGUCGCACUGAGGACUUGUGGGGAUAGACCAGUAAUCUCGUACCUUUUCCAUGAUUCACAUGUCUAGUUACGAUUGUGUCAUUUACUUCCACUAUUUUGCUUAAAUUGAUUUUAUUUGAUAUAGUCACAAAGAUAUUUUUUUAACAUUAUUUCGUUUUCUUACGAUGUAAGUGCUUACUCUAUGUAACUUUGCUUCCAACGCUAACGGAUUGAGAUUAGCUAAACCAUUCCCAUAAUUGUGACUAGACAUAUACAUCAAAGGACUUAUAUUAUCUAGAAUAAAUAACUUUAAAAUCAUAGGUAAAGUUUUUAGUGUAUUUUACAUAAUUAUUAUUACUCUCGUAUAAGAUAAAGUUUAUUCCAAUAAUUAUUUUUUAUUACACUAGUGUGGAAUGAGACCAAUAAAAAACUGUUUGUAUAAAUAAAUAACUUUAUUGAUUUGGCAUUAAUAAAUUACAUUGAUUGAAGUACAUUAAAGAUCUUAUUAAGAGUA